GGUGACUUCCGGGGGCGUUUGAUUCGUUGCGGAUGACAUCAGCUGUAGAGUGAGUGUGCGGAAAAACCACAAGGCGCCCUCUUCUCCCCCCGGUUACUUAAUGUGACACAAUGUCUGCUGGCAUAAAAAGCUAGGGCCACUCCUAUCAAAGCUCCACUUGUAUGUCUGGAGACCGCUCCGGUGCUCUGCAUCGAAUAAAGGGAGGAGGCUGCUGCUGGGACCCUGCUUGCGCACAGGAAAGAAAGAGACAGAGGAAAGGAUGGCUACCCUGGUAGAAUCUGCAGAUCUGGAGACUUUAGGUGGCCAAAGCAACACCGGGGCAUCUCCGACAUCCCCCAGCCCUUCACAUCACUUCAACGACAGCAAAUUCUACCUGCUGGUGGUUAUUGGGGAGGUCAUAACGGAGGAACACCUGAAGUGUGCCAUUGCGGACAUAGAAAAAGGGAUUCGCUCAUGGGACACCAGCCUCAUCGACUGUAAUCUGGACCAGGAGCUCAAGCUAUUUGUCUCCCGACAUUCAGCUCGUUUCUCUGCAGACGUCAGAGGGCAGAGAAUUCUUCACCAUAAAAGUAACGUCCUGGAGACAGUUGUGCUUAUCAACCCUUCAGAUGACGCAGUCAGUACCGAGGUUCGUUUGAUGAUCUCAGACACUGCCAGACACAAGCUUCUGGUUUUGUCAGGGCAAUGCUCUGAAAACACUGGGGAGCUGAUUCUUCAGUCUGGAUCUUUCUCUUUCUUCAAGUUCAUAGACAUAUUCACCGACCAAGAGAUUGGUGAAUUGCUCAGCACCAUUCACCCAGCAAACAAAGCCAACAUUACACUCUCCUGCCCUGAACAAGGUGACUGGAAAAACUCUAACUUGGACAAACACAACCUGCAGGACUUCAUUAACAUGAAACUAAACUCCACUCUCAUACUCCCUGAAAUGGAGGGCCUCUCUGAGUUCACAGAGUAUUUAUCUGAAUCAGUAGAGAUCCCGUCUCCUUUUGACAUGUUAGAACCACCAACCUCAGGUGGGUUCCUCAAACUCUCCAAACCGUGUUGUUACAUUUUCCCCGGUGGCCACGGUGACGCUGCUCUCUUUGCUGUAAAUGGCUUCAACAUGCUCAUUAAUGGUGGCUCAGACAGAAAGUCGUGUUUCUGGAAACUGGUGAGACAUCUUGACCGGGUGGACUCAAUCCUCCUGACGCACAUUGGUGAUGACAACCUACCAGGCAUCAACAGCAUGCUGCAGAGAAAGAUUGCGGAGAUGGAGGAGGAACAGUCACAGGGAUCGACAGCUAACAGUGACUGGGUAAAGAACAUGAUUUCUCCAGAUAUCGGUGUUGUGUUUGUGAAUCUUCCUGAAAACCUGGAUAGCCCUCAGCCUAAUUACAGAGUACGGAGGAAUAUCGAGGAGGCAGCAUUCACUCAGCAGUUCCUCACCAAGCUCAAUUUAAGGACAGAGCCUCUGGGAAGGCCUGUUGGAAACACUAUAGAACCAAUCAUACUUUUUCAAAAAAUGGGUGUUGGGAAGCUUGAGAUGUAUGUGCUUAACCCAUCAAAGAACAGCAAGGAAAUGCAGCACUUUAUGAAGCAGUGGACAGGUAGUGAAAACGAUACCACUUCCAUUCUGCUGCCAAAUGGAAAAGAAAGUGAGUUCCCUGUCUCUUACUUGACUUCUAUCUCAGCACUCAUUGUGUGGCACCCUGCAAAUCCCUCAGAUAAGGUUGUACGUGUUCUCUUUCCUGGAAAUGCCAUCCAACAUCACAUUUUUGAAGGCUUAGAAAAGCUAAAGCACCUGGACUUUUUGAAGCAGCCAGUUGUCACUCAAAAAUUGAUGUCUUCUAAUAUGCCAUCAACACCAACACUAAAGCAAGCUCAGAUGAAACACAGAACAGAUAGCAAAGAGAGCCUAAAGUCUACCCCAAAGCCAUCUCCAAGCAAGAGCAUCAGAAAGGAAUCAAAGGAUGAAGCACCAGAAAAGGCAAAGACAGAUGUAGAGCCAACCAAUGAAACAGCACAAAAAACUGAGAAGAAAGAAAAGGUUCCACUGAAAAAAGAAAAGGCAAAAGCACCUGAGAAAGAAUCUAAAGCAAAGACAGAACAUGAAACUCCUGAAAAGAAGAAGUCUGAAAUAAAACCCAAAGUUGAAAAGGAAAAAAAUAUUAAGAAGGAGACCAAACUGUCUGUGGAAAAGAAAAGGGAUAUUAAAAAAGAAGUCACAAAGAAAGAUGAUACGCCCAAACAAGAAAGUAAAAAAGAUGAAAAAGUAAAGAAAGAAGAGGCAAAGAAGGUUACAAAAAGGGAUAUCAGAAGAGACUCACCUCUGAAGGAGAAGAAGGAAGAAAAGAAAGAGCAAAAGAAGGAUGUCAAAAAGCCCUCUAAAGACAUAAAGAAGACAUCUGCUGUGGGGGAGGAAAAGAAUCUAAAACCAAAGACCCUGAAAAAAGAUGAUGCCUCAAAGAAAGAUGCAGGAACCCCAUCAAAGAUAAAAGAGAAAGGAAAGUCAAAGGUGACAAAGAAGGAGACAAAGGAUGAUAGCAGCAAACUUGCAGCUAGUGCUGCUACUGUUGCAGAGGAUGCAGAAAAGGAAAGAGCUCUAAUGUCCUCACCAGAGGACCUCACUAAGGACUUUGAGGAGCUCAGAGCUGAAGAGUUGGUGGAGGAUGAUGCGACUGUGCAACAACAUAAGGAAGAAGAGUCUGUGAUGAUCCAUCAUGAAGAAAUAAUACAGACCAAAGAGUCACCUGAAGCACUGGAGUCUGUGGACGAGGGUAUAACAACAACAGAGGCUGAAGGAGACAGUGGAGAGACUCCAGACGAGCAAGUUCUUAGGACAAAAAAUGGAAGUGCAAGUGAGAAGUUUGAAGAUGAGGGCACUGUAAUGGAGGAGGCAUCUGAGGGAGGGGAUUAUGAAGAAAAAGGAGAGAUUGAAGAAGUCUAUGAACCACAGAAGAGAGAGAUAGAAGAAGUCUAUGAACCACAGAAGGGAGAGAUAGAAGGAGUCUGUGAACCACAGAGAGUAGAAUCAGAUCAAGAUAAACUCACUCCCAGUGAAAAUGACAAACAAGACAGGCAUGAUGACAUCAAACCAGCAAGGAGUGUUGAGGAUAAUGAUGAUGUAAUUAAUAAAAAUGUAGAAGACAAGCUUACAAGUGAAAGAGCAACCGAGAAACAACAUAUGUUUGUAUCAGCCUCACCUAAAGUGUCCUCACCUGUUUCUCCAGCUGCAUCUAUCCGUGAUGAAAUGCUUCCAGUUGGCUUUGAGAGCUCAACAGCCUCAGAUGAUGAAAACCGAGAUGAAGCUGCUGAGGACUACACUGUCACCUCUGGCCACACUCAGUCCACCAUUGAGAUCUCCAGUGUUCCUACUCCCAUGGAUGAGAUGAUGACUCCUAGGGACAUUAUGAGUGACGAAACCACCAAUGAUGAGACUGAAUCUCCUCCACAUGAUGUUGGAAAGUUUGAGACAUCAGUAUCUGGAGAGUAUGAUAGGAAGAAGCUCUCUCCACUGCAGGACAUCCCAGGGUCAGAUCACUCUCCGAGUCAUGCCACAGAGGGCCAGGAUUACAACAACUCUGCUUCUACUCUAUCUCCACCUUCAUCGCUAGAAGAAGACAAAUUCUGUAAAAACCUUCCCUCUGUGGGGAAAGGACUCACCACAACUCAAGAGUCAUAUGAGAAGUAUGAUGCAGACUCAAUUAGACUCAGUUCCACUUCCACAGCAUCACCUCUUGUUCGUUCUCCCUCAGUGGAUCACAAAGAUACAUUUGACUCUCCACCAAUGUUUGCUGCUCCAAUAGAACUGUCUACCACACUGGCAAAGUGCACCACCUCAAUAGAUGAUUACUCCAUCAGCCCAGAUGAAAAGACAUUGGAAGUAGCUAACUCGCCUCAGUCCUCAGGACACACACCUUACUAUCAGUCACCAGUAGAGGAAAAAGCAGGAGCUCUACCUGUGUCAGAUGACAAAGCAGAAGGCCCAGUAAUCGUAGAGGUCACAAGUGAUAAAGAGGAUUCUUCCAACAGAGUUACCCCAGAACCUGGUCAACCAGAACCUGAAAGUUUCUCCCAUGUAGAGAGGGUAAUGUCCUCUCAAAAAAGCCCACCUCCAACUGAGCCUGAUUCUCCCACAAAGAAGGAACAGUCACACUUUGAUAUAGAUGACAAGAAAACUGGAGAUAACGGCCAUGAGCCUGUUUUGUCCUCAGCACCAACUAAACUUGAAUCAGACACCAGUCACUUCACUGUGUUCAAAGAAGAAAGUAAAAUGUCCAUUUCAGAGGGUACCACAUCAGACAAGUCAGGAACCCCUCUGGAGGAAGUGGUGGCAGAAGACACAUUUUCACAUUUAGCUUCAGCAUCCACGACCUCCCUGGCCACCAGCUCCUUGCCGGAGCCCACCACCGAUUCUCCUUCUCUUCACGCAGAGGUAGGCUCUCCUCACUCAACAGAAGUAGAUGACUCUCUGUCUGUGUCCAUGGUUCAGACCCCAACUACCUUCCAUGAGGCUGAAGGAUCUCCAUCCAAGGAAGACAGCCCCAGGCCAAUGUCAAUCUCCCCAGAUAUCUCACCAAAAACAAAAAGCCAGCCACAGGUACAGGACACAAAAUCCCCAGAGCACUCUGCCAUGUCAAUAGAGUUUGGCCAAGAGUCCCCUGACCACUCCUUAGCUAUGGACUUUAGUAAGCAAUCCCCAGAGUACUCAUCUAUAGGAAGCAGCUCCCGUGCUACAGAGAAUGGCCCAACUGAGGUUGACUACAGCCCUUCAGAUGGAACUGGUGUAAGACCUGUAUCUGGAGAGCCUAUCUCCACAGUAGACAAGUCUUUGUUUUUUGAAGAGAGUGAUUCAAUUCGUGCCACUUCUGCAACCCCAUCAGAUGCAUCUCAGUCCACACCAUCAGUUACAACCCCAUGCCAAAUGACAGAGAUACCACAUGUCAUGGGUGAGCAGACAGAUAAGUCUCCAGUGACCCCUAAAGCAUCUUCUCUCACCCACUCUCCCCAUUCUGAUGAACCAUCCCCAGUGCUAGGGAGUUCCCCAGUUAAAGACAGCACCAGCCCAAUUUCACCAUCUGCUGAGAUCAUAGGUAAUAAAUCUGACACACAGCAGAAAUAUGACAAGUCACCCUCACCUCCCAAAGCUACUUCUCCUUCUUCUAAUACCUUUUUAAAAGAAGAAAUAUUUUCCCCAGCAAAGGAGAAGAUUCCAUUUAAAUGUGAGGAUUCUACACUUGAGGCAAAAUCUCCUACAAGCCCCAAAGUUCCUUCCCCAUCAUGUCUACCUCUCUCCUUUGAUUCAUCUAAUUACAAUUAUGCCUGUGGGUCCAGGGGCCCAGAUUCCACUAGGAGGAGCCCCUCUGCUUCAUCUAAGGCAGAUGUCGACCUCUGCCUAGUGACUUCAUGUGAGUACCGUCACCCCAAGACAGAACUGUCCCCAUCUUUCAUCAACCCAAACCCUUUAGAAUACUUCAUCAGUGAAGAGAACAGCUUGGAUGAAGAAAAGCCUCUGGCCAAGUUAGGAGGAGGGCCCCCACCUCCUGGGGGUAAGCUUUCCAUCAAGCAAUGUGAGGAGACCCCACCCACAUCCAUCAGUGAAUCUGCCCCCUCCCAGACAGAUUCAGAUGUUCCACCAGGGACAGAGGAGUGCCCCUCCAUUACAGCAGAUGCUAAUAUUGACUCUGAAGACGACUCUGAGACUCUGCCCACUGACAGAACCUUGACAUACAGGCAUGCUGAUCCUCCUCCAGUAGGACUCAGGGACUCUGCUCCAUCCUUAGGCCACCAUGAUGUCUGUAUGGUGGACCCAGAAGCCCUCAAGGCCGAAGAAAACCUCCAAAAUGCAAACACAGAUGGAGGAGAGAAAUCCAAGAAGAAAAAACUCUCAAAAAAGUCGUCAUCUCCAGCUAAGAAGAGCAGUCUAUCAAAAGUCAAGGACACGAAGACUGCCUCUCCAAAGAAGAGUGUUGGAGAGGGCAAAGAUGCCAAAAAUGCAACUAAUACCUCUGCAUCCAGAGGUGUAAAAAGUGCCACAUCGGGUACAAACAGUGGAAAGGUAUCAGGUGGGCUAUCUCUGCCCAACUGUCCUCCCAUGUACUUGGAUUUGGUUUACAUCCCCAAUCACUGUAGUGCUAAAAAUGUGGACGCUGAGUUCUUUAAGCGAGUGCGCUCCUCUUAUUAUGUGGUCAGUGGCAAUGAUCAGACAGCUCAGGAACCCAGCAGGGCUGUCCUCGAUGCUCUGCUAGAAGGAAAGGCACACUGGGAAAACAACAUGCAGGUCACUCUGAUUCCAACCCAUGACACUGAUGUGAUGAGGGAGUGGUACCAGGAGACCCAUGACAAGCAACAGGAGCUGAACAUCAUGGUCCUGGCCAGCAGCAGCACCGUUGUCAUGCAGGAUGAGUCCUUCCCAGCUUGUAAGAUAGAGAUGUAGGCCUGUUUGGUAUGAGAUCUAAGGAUCAGGAGGCCUAGUAACUGAUAAUGAGAGGGAUCGUUAUUUGAGGAAAAAACAAAUCAAUGUAGUAUAAAACCUAAGCUGAUUCUUAAUUACUUCUAUAAAAAAAAAUGAUACUUCUUGAUUACUAAACCCUGGAAACAUAAAUAUCUCCAAUGAGGACUAACUACAAAUGAGCUUUGAGGGGCUCCAUAUGAAGAACAAUGUUUAAUUUAUAAACGAAUGUGUCCUUGAUAUUGGGAGCAUACUGUAAUUGCUACUGGGAAGAAACAAGAACUCAAACAUCCUGGCCAUGAUUGUCCAGGUACACUAACUCUAGUACAGCUCAAGUAAUUAUACAUUGAGUAUCUUAUGAUCAAACCCUAUGCGAGCUUUAAAUCAAUUUAAUUACUGUCAAAGAAUAAAACUGUUUAAUUAAUGGCUGUUAUCCACACCAAAGUGUAAAACAACAUGCUUUCUGUUAUUGCCUUAGGGAGUUAAAGUGAAUGUAGAACUGGUGAAGAACUGGUGCAACUAGCAAGAGUAGGCAGGUGAUCUUACACCCCGGAGGCUGAUCCAUAAAGGACUGUUAAAUGGUUACAUAUGAUGGUAAAUAUAAGUUAACAUGAAGGAAUACUCAACACUGAUUAGCAUUAAUAUGACAUCUAACUUCAUAUUCAUCACAGGCAACAGUGCCCCACACAUUGUGCAACUGUUCCUCAAGUUUUUAAGUCAGCUGGAUUUUAUUUUAAUGUAAAUGGAUGAUUUCCUUUUUCCUCUUGCCUGGUUUAUGUUGCUGCUAAUAUAUGAAUAUGAAUUUAAUGUUUCAAAUUUAAAAUAUGCUUGAUUGUUCAGAGAGCCUUUUACACUAUGCAACAGAAGGUUGCCUCAGAAUACUCUCCUUUCUCCUUGUUACAUCACUAAAACUAUCAUUUUUAAUAAUGUUAACGUUUUUAAGAGGGCAGUCUUUUAUUUCAGAUUGUUUUAUUUACAGAUUUUAAGUUAUUUAAUAAGAAAAAGUCAGAUCUUGUUUCUGUCACCUGUUUUUAUGUAAUCACUGAGUUAUGGAGGAGCUAGCCUUUUCCCAAUGUAAAGCUGGGGAUGCAGGAUAUUUUCAUAAACCUUAAAAUGUCUUGUUUUUCUAAAGCAUUGUAUUAUAAUUAUAAAUAACUUUGUGGCCAAUAGAAUGGGAUGGCUGGAAUACAUGUAUGAGUUAUGACAGAUUAGGGUUUUUUGCUCUUUUUUAAUGGGCAUUUUGCUCAGACUUGUAUUAAGAACAACAGGGCUGUAUAGGCUAAAUAAAUAAAUGUGAGGAGCAUUUUAUGAUUUUUGCAAGUUGUGCCAUGACAUUGUGUACUACAAUAACUCAAGCAGUUGCCCAUGGCACUGUAUCACUGUAAAGCUUGAUUUUGGGUGCAGCACAGUGUAGAUUUUCAGGUUGUUGGGAGCACUUAGGGAGGGUGUGAACUUUAGCCACGAUGAAAUGGAAACAGCUUCCAGUAGAGGCAUAGCCUUGACAGGGGCAGCACACAGAGGUUGGAGUGAGUGACGUGUGUGUUUUAGAUGAAAGCAUGUAAAACAAAACUUGACACUUUAAACACAAAUAUGACAUACAAAGCUAACAGUACAGAGGCCACAGAUCAACUUUGAUAGGCCAGCUUUUGGAGAAACAUUUAACAAAUCACAUCUUGACGAUUACCGACUUUGCUACUUUGGGCAGUUCAGUCAACUCACCAAGCUCACCAGAUAUUUCAUAAAUGAUGCCAGGUGUUCACUAUAUAGUACUACAGACAAGUUUUCCUGCAGGGGAACUUCAAGUCAACACCAUGACUAUACAGUCAAUCAGCAACAAACAUACAAACUCUGAACUUACAUUUCUCUUUUCUCUGCACUUCCUCUAUUUAUCUCUCUACAGUAUCUAUUUAUCUCUGCCUUUUCUCCUUCUCUUUCUCAUGGGAGGACUUUAAUAAUGUUUGUCUGCAGCUGUGUGGUAUAUUUGUCUUGUGACGUUGCAUCCUCUCUGCCCUUUUCCCAAACUAAUAUGUAACCUAUAGCAGUUAGUUUCAAGUGAAAGUAUUCCUUCGUGCUUUAUGAUGUUUGUGGGCAAUAUUUCCUCUACCCAUAUUGCAAAUCACUUAAUGUAAGAGGAACCACUACUAGAGAACAAACAUUCAAAAACAACCACAAUAAAAUGUUGUGAAAAACAAAGAUUU